AUGUGCAUAUGCCAUGCAACACGUAACUACUCAGUCGGCUCCCUCAGAUCCACCGUUCAGCUAUUGACACUAGCCUGCAACAGCAACAAUGACUUUGGAAACACCAUCUGCGCUGCUGCGCUCCAUCCUUCCCCUCCCAUUUCAUCUCAGGAAAACAGAGCAAACAUAGCUCAAGUGAAACUCAACCCAAUCCACCAUGGCUCAAGCAGAAGCACCAGCAGCGGGUUCAAACAAUGGAUUGACAAAAGAAGCACACAGAGAAAAGACCACCAAAAUUUAACCCCGAAGCCCAAUCGCUACUUGAAUCAUGAGGGCGCGUAUCAGAGUGGGCAAUUGGCACGGGAAUUGAGUGGUGAAAUGGUGGCUAUCUUUGCAUCGCCUCUUUUCCAUAUGUGGGAUUAUGAAGACCAGCUCUUGGCUGCCAAGAGAAUGGCGGUCAUGUGCGAAGUCAGACCGGGUGUCAUGAUCACCGGUCGUCAAUUGGGGAGCUACCUUGGUGGACGCUAUCCGAUGAAUGGCAUGCGCGAAGACGGGGACAAGUUCAAGAACUACCGGCAUAGCGAGCAGACUAUUCGCGGUUUCUGGCAUCGGUGA